UUUGAGUAAAGCUGCCUACAUAUACAUACAAAUAAUAUUAAAUAUAUAUAAAUCGCUGUUAAAUUCUGGUAACCAACAUGUUUAGAUUGAACGGAGAUUCAAAUACUACAAAUAAUUUAUUAACAUACUCUGCACGCCGUUCACAUGGCGCCCAGACGCCGCAGUUGGCUAUGGAGAGCUCGGCUGUUAUUGAAGAGCUUUGCUUGAAGGACGAUCGUUAUUUUAGCUUGCUGUACAAGAAUUACGACAGCAACAGUUUGGGACAUAGAAACAAUAAUCUGAGCAACAAUUUGCGUCAUAAUAGCAGUUUCUAUACCAUGGAUCAGGACAAAGGCUUAACGCCUGGCUUGAUUGAUUACAAGCAAAUGGAUGCGGAAUUAACACGCAUGCAACGUGACUGCGAGAACAUUGAGACGCAAAUGUUUUUCAGCGCUGAAAAUCUUACGCCUUUGAUCAACAAUGAGAAUCGCUCGACUAACAUGGAUUUCAGACUUGUCGGCUCUGCCUUGAGAAGUGCCUCAGCUACACGCCCAAGAGAACAGUCGUUGCCAGCCGGCUACCGUCGUCGCUCGCCGGAUAUGCCUAUUGCCAAUGUGAAUGUUGAACGUCGUGCGAGCAGCACAUUGUUGAGCUCUGAUUUGCAGCCAGCACAAGAGAGAUUUACAGAAGAUGCAGCUUGUUCUGAUUGCAGAGAUGCAGAUGCGUUUGCAGUUGGUAGUACAGAUGCUGAAGCGGAUGCAAAUGCAGACGUAGAAGCGUACAAGUGUCCAGUGUGUUUGAAUUGCGUGCGUCAACGUAAACCUGCUACCACUAUAUGUGGUCAUGUCUUUUGCAGCGCUUGCAUUAGGGCUGCUCUACGCACCACAUGCAAGUGCCCCGUUUGCCAGAGAAUGAUGACCACUCGUCAAAUACUUCGCAUUUAUCUUUAAAAAAAACAACUUCGUGUUUCGACUUCUUCCCAAUAAUUACAAAUAAAUUAUGUUUUACUGCUCGAAAUGCAAGCUGG